UCAAUUUGAGUUGGACCAAAUUGGAGACUGUCUCAUUUCAGGUCCUGAACUUAAGAAAUAGACUCUCAUAGAACCGACAUAAGUAGUAAUCAUUACCACGAUUUCGGGAUUGGUGAUGUGGUUACAUGUUUUAAUUGGUUUUAAUUGUGUUUAUAUGUUUAUGGAUUUUAAUGGUUGUUGCGUUAUGCAUUGUUUGGUUUUUGUGUAAUCGUGCCAUUGAAUGUUUGCCAAAGUUGGAAGCCGCUCUGUUUCCCACUUGGGGUGAGAAGAGAGAGGUACAAAUAAAGUAAGUAAGUAAAUAAAUAAAUAUGCCAAGUUAUGCAACUCAGUAAUUACCUGUACUCAUUGCUAGGAACAAAGAUAAUUUGUAAGCAUUAAAGAACUUAGGAGGGGAUAAAGCCUAGCAACCACAAAAUAAAAAAGGAGCUAACCCAUGUAAAAUGAGUUUUCAACUACAUUAUUGCAUUAUUUAAAAUAAAUUAUGCUUGUUUCUCUGGCAUGCAUGGUUAUCACUUCUGGUGUGAGAUAAUUGGUUGUCUGCAAGGAUGUUGCCUCGGGGAUGUUUGAUGUUUUACCAUCCUGUGGGAAGUUUCUAUCAUGUCCCCGCAUGGGGAGCUGGAGCUGACAGAGGGAGCUCAACUGCUCUCCCCGGAUUUGAACCCCCGACUUGUCGGUCAGCAGUCCUGCCAACACAAAGAGCAAGUUCUUAUUGCCUUGAAGUAACUAAAGGGGGAUUGAGAUAGCAACAGGAAUUGAAAUCAAAACAGAAACCUCAAAUACUUCAGUUCUUCAGGAUUGCCUAUUUGCUACCACUGAUUCUCCAUUCUGAGUAGAGAUUUAGUUAAUUGUCUGUGAAGAAACCAGAAAGAAGAUGAACAUCUUUGGGAAUCAGCAGGCAAAACCAGAGGUCCAUAUUUUUGAAAGCCUCUCAAAAGGUGAAGAAGCAGGCAUUGCUACUCGAAGGGAAGAAGUGAAGAAAGGUCUUGCCAAGCUUGGAAUUCAAUGCAGUGUGGACAAAGUACCCAAUAUUGCUGUCCUGGGAUCCGGAGGGGGUAUGCGGGCCAUGAUUGCCCUUUAUGGCACACUAACAGAGCUGAAGAAAUCCAACCUUUUGGACUGUAUGUCAUACUUGAGUGGGGUAUCAGGUUCCACUUGGUGCAUGUCAUCUCUUUAUAAAAAUGAAGACUGGUCAGAAAAAAUGGAAAUUUUGGAAAAUCUUCAGCGUGAAAAACUUGUCAAAGGCCAGUGGGAUUUUGUAAAGGCUAAAAAGGCUGCGCUGGAGGCUUCAAGAGAUGAAAAUUACUCUCUGACAGAUUUCUGGGCCUAUUUUAUUGUGUAUAAGCUCCUAAAAGAGCUCGAUGAGAGUAAAUUGUCGCAACAAAGGAGAUCUUGUGAGAAUGGGAAAAAUCCUUAUCCCAUCUAUGCAGCUGUGGACAAGCACACCUAUAGCGAAAACCAUGCAGGAAGUUGGUUUGAAUUCACCCCACACAACACUGCAGUUCCUGAUGUAGGUGGAGAACUUGGCACAACUGGCUAUGUUGACACGAAACGCCUUGGAAGUAUAUUCAGCAGUGGGAAACUGUAUUUAGAGAAGAAGGAAAAAAGUAUUUGCUAUCUUCAAGGAUUAUGGGGAAGUGCCCUUGCAAGUGAAAAAGAAAUUAAGAAGGCUAUAAUUGGCGCUUUGCUAGACUUUCUCAAGAAAGACAAAGAAAGCUACUUUGCUUCUCAUGCAAAAGAUGUAGAUUUCCAGAACCUUAACGUACUUAGCCAGGCUUAUCAGUACGUUCUGGAGUUGCAGUUGUGUGCAACAGAUGGGGCAUCAGCAUCAAAGGCAGAAGGAUUCUUUGAUAAGCUUGAACUACUUUUGGGACUCUACAGAACCAGCCAAAGCUAUGCAAUAGUAAAAGAGAUGCGUCAGAACUGGGCCUUGUUAGAUGAAGAAAAGAGAGAAGAUUUGUGUGUGAAGCUGUGGGAAGCUCUAAACAAGGAAUUUGGAGGCAAGUAUUAUAGUAACCAUUCAUUGCUCUCUAACAAUCAAUGUAAACAAAAAAAAGCAACUUCUUUCACAUUAGAAUUUGACAUUAAUAUAAUCUACUGUAUAAUAUUUAUCUGUGCCAAGACAUGUAUUCUUUGCCUGUUUAUAUUUCUCUCUUUGCUCAUUUCCAUUUUCUCAGGACCUGAAGAAAAGCUCAAAAAGCUUCCUAUUUACAGACCUAUUGAAGUAAUUAAAGCACCAAUAGAAAAAGUUAUGGCAUCUGUUCCUUAUAGUCCUCUUCAAGCAGUUAAAGACUGGAUCAGAUAUAUCCACAAGACCAAUUCAUGCAUUCUGACCUGGACAUGGGGAUGCACUAGUAAUUUCUUGUACAACUUAUCUGAAGUCAAACUUCCUGAGUUGAGAAGGAAAGAGGUUAUAUCGCUGAUUGAUGCAGGGCUGGCUAUAAACAGUGCUUAUCCACUUGUCCUGCAUCCAGACCGAAAUGUGAAACUGAUUCUCUCCUUCGACUUCAGUGCUGGGGACCCUUUUGAGACCAUCAAAAAAACAGUUCAGUACUGCAAGGUUCGUGGAAUUAAAUUUCCCAGAAUAAAUGAGAGUGAGUUAAUGGACAAAGACAACCCUUCAAAUUGCUAUAUCUUUAGAGGAGAUGGCCUAACUGUUAUGCAUUUCCCACUGUUCAACAAAGUCAACUGCCAAGAUAAAAUUGAGGAAUAUCGUAAAAGGUUUAAAACCUUCAAACUCAGCUACUCAGAUGAAGACAUCGGAAUGCUGCUCGCUGCAGCAAAGAAGAACGUAGCAGAUGUUCAACAAAAGAUUGUGGAGGAGAUCAGGAAGAUUGUGGCUCUUCCAUAACAGAUACAUUAAACAAAUAUUCUCUGUGCAAACAUUUUUUGAGAAUACGGGAAGCUAUCCUAUCUGCAUGUGCUCAGUGUAUAUAGAGCAAAUCCAUAGAAUCAAUAGGAUUUACCUACAUGUUGAUUUACUUUUCAAUAAUUGAUUUAGUAAGCCAUCUUGAACUGGAACAAUAGAAGUAAGACCUAAUUGAAUCUAACACUUUGACAUUUUUCUUUAUUUUUCUUUGAUCAGAAGGAACUUCAAACCCUUUCCUAUUCCUUUCAGUGGAGGGGAAAAGUUUCCUGAACACAUAUGAAUAUUGCCAGCAAAAAGAACGAUUAUGCCAAAAGAAGGAGAACAUGGGUCAUGUGCAAAGGCAUUGAAAAUUCUAUUGUUUAUCUGAGACCAAGGAAGCAUAGUGAAUAUCAGUUAUAAUAAUGAUCCUUUCACAUCUUUGGUGUAAUAUUGACAAAUCCAUAAUAUUCUUGAAGCAGAGGGCCCAUCCAGACAGGCCCAAAAAGAGACCUGUCUCAGUUUUUACCAGAGGCAUCCAAACGAUGCCUCCAGUAGAAAUGAAUUAAUUUGGAACAAACCAAGAUUUAUUAGACAACCCAUUAGAUCCGGGUCUUCCUGAAAACCCUGUGUCUAAUGAUGUAUUGGACCUUCUGCAGAGCCAGGGAUGAGUCUCCACUGCCAUCCCACAACUUUUGGGCUCCCGAAACCCAUAGGUGUGGGAAGGAGCCCAUCCUCUCCCCCCCCCCCCCCCCAGCCCUCCAUUUACCUCUAAAACGAACUUUAAAAGAUCCCUGCGUCUUCCUGGUGUGAGAAAAUGUUAUACGAGGAGUUGGGGGGGGGGAAGAGUGAAGAGGGAUUUUCCUCCUCACUCCUCCCAUCACCUCAGGCAUCAUUUUCCCGCAUCAGGAGGAUGCGAGGAGUUAUGGUGGCCAGGGACCUUUAAAAGUAAGUUUUAGGGGGUAAAUGGGGGGAUUCGGGGUGGCUUCAUGCUAUCCUGAUUUGUCUCGGGAUGGCAUGUAGCCACCCCAACCCAACCCAACUGCGAAGCCUGGGGUUUGUUGGGUGUGUGGGGACUGGAACCCGCAUCAAAGCAGGUUAUUUAAACUCUUCAGCAUGGAUUUUGGCACUGUCUGGAAGUGCCCAGAGUCUGCAUAUAAAGCAUGGAAAAUAAAAAAAAGUAGAAAUAUUGUUGAACUUUCUUCUGACAGGUUUAAGAAUCUAAAUAUUAAUCUAUAGCUUGGCUCUUACUAUAUAGUACUAUAGGCGAUCGCUUGUGGCUUGUGAUUGUCUUCCAAGGGUAGAGACUCGGCAGAGAUUUCAAAAGUGAAUGUAGAGUCCUAUUCUCAAUCCAUACGGUCUGUCACAAUGAGCUUGGCUCUUAAAACAAUGAAAAUGAUGGAAAAGAUUUCACUAAAUAUUUCAGCUAUUUUCUCUAGUUGUAUUAGUUCACAUUCCUUUCCUCAACUUUCCCUUUGUUAUGGUUUGGUUAAGAUACCUGCAUGGAAGAGGUGGUUAUAAAGCUUUGUUAUUACUUUAUUCCAGAAUCUAAGCCAAUUAAAGAAUCAUUUAUCACAUAGAACUGAGAUAAUUUCAUGCUUAUUAUUUUUAUGCAAAAAGCUUUGUUUGCUUUGAUAAGGCCAUCUUUGUGACUUUUCUUUAUUAAUAAUACCUGUACGUCUGUAUUCUUGAUUGUGUUUUGCAAUAUUAAUUUUGUACUCUUUUAUCAAUAUACCAUUUAUUACAUUACAAUAUGGAGUCUGUAGUGUCUGAGUCUGUCCACUGGAAUAACAAAAUGAUGUAAACUAAAACCAAGAUUAUCUAUAUUCUUAAAUUUCUGGAAAUGUUUCCGGUAAUUGAGUCUAAUCAAAACAUUCUAUAAUUAGUUGUCAUGCCUUAUGGGAAAAUGCCAGUUUUUCAAACAAAUGAACUUCUGCUGCAGUCAAAACUGCAAUUUGCUGCAGUUUUUCUAGGACUGCUAAAAUUGCUGAAGUUUGAAAUGCAAAUAAAUGUCUGCCUUAACUCUU